GGUAUGGCAAAGGUUCAAGUGAACAACGUUGUGGUGCUGGACAACCCAUCGCCCUUCUACAACCCGUUCCAGUUCGAAAUCACCUUUGAGUGCAUUGAGGACCUCUCCGAAGAUUUGGAAUGGAAAAUUAUCUAUGUGGGAUCAGCAGAAAGUGAAGAAUAUGAUCAAGUGUUAGAUUCAGUUUUGAUGGGCCCUGUUCCUGCAGGAAGGCACAUGUUUGUAUUUCAGGCAGAUGCUCCUAAUCCUGAAUUUAUUCCUGAUGCAGAUGCUGUAGGAGUAACAGUCGUGUUAAUCACCUGCACCUAUAGAGGUCAAGAAUUUAUUAGAGUUGGCUAUUAUGUAAACAAUGAAUAUACUGAAACAGAACUGAGAGAAAAUCCUCCAGUAAAGCCAGACUUUUCUAAGCUCCAAAGGAAUAUUUUGGCGUCUAACCCCAGGGUCACAAGAUUACACAUUAAUUGGAAGGACAACACUGAAAAACUGACAGAUGCAGAGAGCAGCAACCCAAAUCUCCAAUCACUACUUUCUACAGAAGCACUGCCUUCUGCUUCAAAAGGAUGGUCAACAUCCGAAAACACGUUAAACGUUAUGUUAGAAUCUCAUGCGGACUGCAUGUGACUGGCUACCCUUCUGCGCUAUGUAUGUGUUAAGCUGUAGACACA